GACAGGCGGAGCGCCAAGCGAAGCUCCGGAGAGGAGACCGUUAACACACGGGGAGGGGAUGCGCACGCACACAGCACCUACACCUCAGUGGCUCACGCUCAUCAGCCGCGUUAUUAUCACCCGGGCAUCUGACUGACCGGCCGCACCGUGAACCUGCAGGAGCCGCUCGCCGCGGGGGGACCAUGAUCAACAUGAAUCGCUCUCCGGACAGAAGAACUUGAGAAAUCUCCGACACUGUCCCUCAUAGUAAACCCAGAAUUUCCUCCACUUCUAUCACCUGGAAUUGGUUUCAGCACCAGAACUAACCAUGCUGUGGAAAACGGGACUGAUUUUUCUGUGCUGGGGCUUGACGUCCGGGGAACUCCAGGACAGACAGUCCGCUACUCCUGCUGCUCCAGCGAGGACAACUUUGGAUUUCGGCUCCGUCCCGUCCGGAGUUUACGAUACUGUCGCCUAUUACGAGCCUGGGGGCAUUGGGAUUUUAUUUAACAUGAUGCACGCUUUCCUCUAUGUGGUUCAGCCCAACCCGUUUCCUGAAGAUCUCGUCGUUAGAGUGGCAAAGGAUAAAUUCGGAGCCAUACAAUCCGAGUACCAGAAGCCAGAAAACAUUGUUCUGACACUACAGGUGAUUUAUUAUGAGCUUGGUUUUGUGGUGUGUGCGGCCCUGGGCCUGCUGUUCACCGUGCUGCUACCGCUGGUGGGGCUUCUCUUUUGUUUGUGCCGCUGCUGUGAUAACUGCGGCGGAGAGAUGCACCAGAGACAGCGGAAGAACGCAGACUGCCUUAGAGGACUGCUGACCACACUGUUACUCACCACCACCUUCAUUAUCACGGCAGGGGUCCUUUGUGCAUAUGCAGCCAAUCAGAACCUGAGUUCUCAGCUGAAGAGCAUGAGGAGGCUGGUGAAGAGUAACCUGAAAGACCUGCACACCUUCGCCAAUCAGACCCCGGCACAAAUUGAUUACCUGAUCUCCAGGUAUGACACCGUGAAGCAACAUGUGCUGCAUGACCUGGAUAAUGUAGGUGUGAUCUUGGGUGGAAGGAUACAUGAGGAGUUGGGAAAGGACGUGCAGCCCGCCCUCGAUGGGGUUCUCAGCAUGACUGGAAUUAAAGUGGAGAAAGCCAUUAAAGCAAUGCGGGACACUAAGGAUGCUCUAGAGAAUGUGAGUUUGAGCUUGGAAACUUUGCAGGAAGGGACAGUCAAACUGCAGGCGAACCUCAGCCUGGUGCGUGGCAGCCUUAGCAAUGCCCUCAAUGAUCCUGUCUGCACAGUUACGAUAUCGAAUGAGAUUUGUCGCAACAUACGAAACACCCUUCCCAAACUAGAAAUUGCAGCCAACUACUCAUCGUUGUCUGAUGUGACCGACCAAUUAGACAAAGUGAAUGAAGUUCUAAAGACAGAUCUUGGACAGAUUGUGGAAAAGGGCUUUGCAUCAUUCAAUCAAACUCCCAACUUGGUAACAGAUCAAACCCGAAAUAUUGUGGAAGGGAUGAAGGUUCUUCUGGAGGAUGUCGGAUCAAACGUCACCACUUUCACCAAGCUCUUCCCUGUUCACAGCACUCUGACCAACUUCACCAAAAUGAUCUCUCACACACACUCGCAGAUCGAGGACAUAUACCCUCAGGUCGAUCAGAUGGAUUUCUACAGGUGGAUCUGUUGUAUUACCCUGUGCUGUAUGGUUGUGCUUAUCCUCGCCUUCAAUUUUCUGGGUCUGUUGUGUGGUAUUCUGGGAUUUGACAGGCACGCCACUCCAACCACGCGUGGAUGUGUCUCUAACACGGGGGGCAACCUGCUCAUGGCUGGUGUGGGCUUCAGCUUCCUGUUCUCCUGGGUGCUCAUGGGAGUGAUAACAGCUCUCUUCUUGGCGGGUGGGAAUUUAGAAAAGCUUGUGUGUGAACCCUUUCAAACCCGACAGCUGUUUAAGGUGUUAGAUACUCCCAACUUGGUCAACUCUGCUUGGACAAACUUCAUACCAGGAUACCUGUACAAUGAUCCUGAGAUGGACCUUACAGCAUAUUCUCUCUACAGUAAUUGUAAGGACAACAGAGGGAUUUACUCAGCUCUUCAUCUGGAUAAAGUCUUCAACAUCUCGGCCUUCUUUAACACCAGUGUUUACUCCAAGGAUGUGUCGAGGAAGUUUGAAGGGAUGAAGGUGGACCUUCGUGGCAUCAUUCUUCUGGAGUCAGAAGGCAAACAUAAUCUCAUCAGCUUCACUGAAACGGGCAUUUUUGAGAUUGACUUCGCUGCCUAUUUGGAGGAGGUUAAUAAAAAAGUGACUCGCAUUGAUCUAAUUGAUUUCGCAAGUCAACUUGAUGCUCAAGCUGAUCAGUUGUCUAAAGGGACCUUGCAGACCUCAUUAAAGGGACAUGCUAAUACUAUAAGGAAGAUCCACAUCCAACAAGUCAUCCCACUGGAGCAGUCCAUGAAAUAUGUGAAAGCAAGGAGCACACUUAAUCAGAGCAUCAGACUUCUGGAGAGGAUAUCCUCAGACCUGUCUGUCAGAGUUAGAGACGUACUAGAAGCUGUUGAUGCCGCCCAGUACCUAAUUUCCCAUAAUUCAACAUCUGUGAUCAAUCAGGAAACCGAGAAAUACAAGCAGACUAUUAUUGGCUAUUUCAAGCAAUAUAUCGACUGGAUCAGAACAUCUCUGGCCCAAGAGGUCGCUACCUGUAAACCACUCAGCAACAUUGUGGACACGGCCGAGAUCCUGGGCUGCAGUUUCCUGCUGGAUUCAAUGAACACAUUCUGGUUUGGAUUGGGCUGUUCCACACUGUUUCUGCUCCCUAGCAUUAUCCUGUCCGUCAAACUUGCCAAGUUCUACCGCAGAAUGGACACAGAGGAUGUCUAUGAUGACAUUGAGACAAUUCCCAUGAAAACUAUGGAAAUUGGUAUUAAUGGUUAUUAUAAUGAACAUUUAGAAGGUAUCCAAAAUCCUGUAAUGGCAAGCAUCCCUACUUAUGACACUAUGACUCGAUUCCCACGGGCCUCUGCGCCCCCGCGCCAUGCCGACUGGUGACUCUGAGGAGGACGGUCUGUCUUGAAACUACAGAAAGUGAUAUUGGAAACUGGAAUUAAAUCUUUGUGGAAUACUCUCUGUCAACGGCAGGCUCAGCUCUUAAGAAAAGGAAACUCACACACUUGAAGCUCGGACCUGUUGUCCAUGUUCCCAUCACAUCAAGAUGACUUUUAUCGACCCUUCUGAUUAUGGACUGUCCCCUCAACGAUCCUCUGAACUCCCAUCCUGUCAUAGUCAGGGAGGCUUCACAGUAUCUGGCUGUUUUAACUACUACAUGUGUCUUUGUUUACAGUCAUUGAAAAAUCACGUGUGAUGAGCAUAACAAUGCUUCGACUGCCGUUUCCUUUAUUCUUUUAACAAUGUGGAGAAUUCAACAUGUUGCCGAGUCUUGUCCACUGAGCGGCCGAAUGGGUUUUUAUUGGAACAGAUCAAGCCAGCCACCCAUGAGCCACAAACAUUACAUGUAAACAAGGAUAUAUAGGUUUUCAAAAACAUGCUAAGUGCUAACUAGUAUUAAUUCGGUACAGAUAGAUGUUGUCAAGCCAUUUUAAGGGUGAAUUUAUUGUUGCCUUUCCAGACUUUUAGCUAGUGAAACCUGUUAGCCACAGUUCACAAGAGCAGGUCUUAGAUUAGUUUGAAGUGGAGAUCGCUAAACCACAUUUGAUACCGAGCUGUGGUUAGCAGUUUAAGACAUCUAUAUACGUUAAUGCUCACUUUUGUACUGAAAAUUUAAGAUAUGAUGCAUCUGUAUUUAGUAAUACCCCUAAAAGAUCUUGCUAGUUUUACGUACUUUAGUUUAGCUGAAUAUAUCAGUUAUUAAUGAUUUUUCAGUUCCUAAUUUUGCUGACUUGUACUAAUGACUAUUGUUCUCCAACACGUUGUUGGACACCAAAUCGUGUUUCAUUGUAGGUCUCAGGUUUUAGGGCUUUCUGUUUACUUGAUAUAACAAUAUUUGUGGAAAUACAUCUGUCGGUAUUUAAACUUAUUGUCAACUUUAAAGCAAGUGAAUGUACCCCAGAGAGACAUUUGCUUGUACGAGGGCAAGAGAAGACCGCAGAGCCCAUUCACAACAACUUUUACGGAGCCUAUUUAACGCUGUCAUAGUCAUUGACAAUAACUCCACCAAAUAUUUCAACUGUUUAAUGUUAGAGACAUUAUGUCUGGUGCUACAUAUUUUUGCUCAGAUCCUUCACUCAUUGUGUAUAUGGCAGUGUUAUCAGGGCCUCAGGUAAAAUGUUGUACUUGAUUUAUAUCCAGAAAGGUCCCGUCACCUCACAGUCUCACUGUUUUGCCAUACUACACGUAGCAUGCGCAUACUUGGUGUUCAAGCUUGCUCGAAGAUGUUUAGUCUUGGUGGGCCUGGUUGUCAGUGCCGUUGGUUUUCAAGUCCAUGUGGUUAGGCUGGCUAAAACUGUAAAAUAUUGUGAAUAAAAUUUCAGAUGAAAAAUG